GUCAUCGUGAUGUAAACAAAACCUCUGAAGCAAAACCAGUGAAAGUGGGGAACAUACCGGCAACCGCGAUAACAAACGACACAAGAGGAGGAAAAUGGGGUUUGUUAAGUACAUGCUCCUGACGUCCGUGUUGAUAGGCCUGACGAGUGUGGUUUUACACGAAGUUUAUCCCCAAUAUAUCUCCUUGUUGAUGAAAAAUGAGAAGGUCCGGUCAGCUACCGUGGCCGUCCAUAGGCUCCUAAGAGACCUCUAUCCUAGCAGCGAAAAGGACGAGACGAGACCAAACGCCGCGAAGGGAAGCAAGAAGCACAAGGAAAAGCUGUUCACCGAGGAGGAGCUGAAGAAAUACGACGGAAAGGAAGGGAGGAAGGGCCCCUACUUGGCCAUCCUGGGAAGGGUCUACAACGUCAAGAAGGGCAAGCAGCACUACGGGCCCGGAGGCGGCUACGAGUUCUUCUCAGGCAGGGAUGCUAGUCGUGCUUUUGUCAGUGGAGACUUCUCAGAGGCAGGCCUGGUGGAUGACGUUUCUGGGCUGUCAAACCCUGACUAUAUUGGCCUUGACGAAUGGGUAAAAUUUUAUGAAAAAGACUACAAAUAUUUGGGCAAGCUAAUUGGCCGGUACUAUGAUGAGCAGGGAGAGCCCACGCAGUACACUAAUCUGGUGCAGCAGUGGAUAUCACAGGCUUAUGCACAGAAGGAGGACGAGAACCAGGAGAAGAGAAUUUUCCCUCCAUGUAACUCAGAAUGGACACCAGAGGCAGGAUCAAGAGUCUGGUGCACAACAAAGAGCGGUGGAAUACAGCGAGACUGGACUGGAGUUCCAAGAAAACUUUUCAGCCCUGGGCAGGGUAAAUCGAGGUGUGCUUGUGUGAAGAACUUUGGCGCACCAUCGCAUGACCCAAAUAGAAAACCAAAUGAUAAUAGAGGAGAUCUUGAUAACCCAAAUAUACAGGAAUACAAAGGAUGUGUACCAGAGGAGACAUCAUGUUAUAUUAAAGAGAAAUGAAUGUUUUAGGUUUUAGAAGAUAGAAAAGCUAUAUAACUUGUAAUGUUAACAUUAGCCAAUAUAAAGUCAUUUAUUAUAGUUUAAUUUAUUAAACAUUUUUAAAUUUACUUUUUCAGAAAUGUUGAUUGUAUGUAACUUACAUGUUACUUAUGGCAGCUGACAUUUGUAACAGUACUUUUAGAUAUAGGUUUUAUGGUAGUGCAUAAAAACUGAACAUAUUUCACUUGCAGCCACGUAUAUUUAAUGUGCAUUUUUAAUUAAUAGGUAAAAGAACAUAAAAGUUUCAACAUAUUACUCACAGUUUGAUAAUAGAAAUAAAUAUACAUUAUGAUAUCAUCUUAAACUUUUGUAAUUACAUGAAUCCAGAAGUAUGUCUCCCCCUUUUUACUAAUAUUUGAAGGGUUGUUUAGAAAAUCAUAGU